AGAGUCGUCAGUUCUCAUUCCGUUCUCGAGCUGGAUAGGUCUCUAGCCUCCCAGUUUCGUGUUCGCAAAAUUCCAUCUAAAUUUCCGGCCCAAACCCUUUGGAAAAUAUAUUUCGGUUAAAAAUUCAAAAUUCCAGAGCUCCAAAAUGGCACUGAGUGUUUAUUCCUCCCGAGCACUGUUCCGGCCAAGCGCGAUGAUUUUUGGUGCGGUUAAGAGCUGUGUGCGAUUUGGGUCUGGCUGUGAUAAGAAGGGGCCGAGCCGGUGCCCCAAGGUGUUGACCAAGUUCCCCUGCGGCAAGCCCAAUCUGCAGGCUCCGCCCAAGAAGAAGAGGAAGAUCGUCAAGGCACAGUCCAUGUGGCUGAAUCCAUUCUGUGAUCCCGACGACACAGCCUGUCCGUUCAAUCCGCGCUUCGACGAUAUCUACUACGUCGAGUCGGACAAGGCGAAGCGGAAGUACUGGCAGACAUGGGUGGCCUGCCCGCCCAUCCAGAUCAAGCCCAAGAAGAUUUGCUGUUUCGCCAAGGCCAAGCCGGCUCCUAUUAAGCGGCGCAAGCCAUCGGCGAAGCCAUCGACCGCCUGCCCGCAGCCUUGUCCGGAUCCGUCGGAGGAUCUGUGUCCCCGUCUGCCCCGUCGCUGCCAUCGCGAUGGUCGCCGACCACCCUCGUGCAGAAGGGAACGGGGACCCCUGCCGUGUGUGAAGCCCCGGACGCCAUAUCCAUCUUUCUCAGAGUGCCGACGUCUCAAGCCCGACGCCCCGCCACUCAAGGAGUGCAAUUGUCUGGCGAAACCGCUGCUCUGUGAGAUUUGGGCCGAGUUCCGACGACGAGCCAUUGCCAAGAAGUAGAGCCGUGGCCCUGAUUAUAUAAAGCGCUUUUACGAUUCUACAGCAUAUACAUUUUUUAUUUGUAUGAGGAGAUUAAAAUGUUUGCCCUGAGUGCCAGCACGGA